UACAAUCGCCGCCGCCACACUCCCCCUCCCACCUCGGGAUCUCCUCCCGAUCCAAAUUCUCUCGGACCAAGCCCCUUGUUUUGUGCCGCCGACCAACCACAGCUCGCAUCCACCUCGCUUUCAGCCUUCCACCAACAGAGCAGCGCCCGACCUCGCCGUCCCAUCCAUCCCAUCGAUCCAUCUCCACCCAAUCCAAUCCACCGCCUCCCCUGCCCUGCUCCCUGAAGCUGCUCGAGGUCCCAAGCAGGAGCGCUCGGCCUCGUCCCCUUGCACCGUCGUGGCCGACGACCUCCUCUGGCCGCAGCCCCGCGUCUCCAUGCUCGUGCCCGAGCAGGAGCCCCUCGAGACGGAGCUCAUCCAGCAAGCCGCAGCUCCUCCUGGUCGAUCCACCACUCCACCGUAGCCUUGCCGCGUCACCGCUACUCCUCCGCAACCCCGAGCACCCCUCGGAGCCCCGAGCCUCCCCGUGCUCCUCCACCUCGCCUCAUCCCCACCAUUCGUCGUUGCCAGAACCAGCUCGCCGGAGCAGAGCUCCUCCGCCGCUGCCCCUUCCCGUUCCCGAACGGAUCCGGCUGCCCUCGCCCCCGAGCUUCCCGAGCACGCAGCCGAGGGUCUCCCGCUCCCUCCGCGCUCCAAAUCGAGGAGAGCUCGAUCCCGAGCCCCCCUGCCUCAACCUUCGCCCCCUUGUCUCCGGCCAGAACGAGCCUCCCGUUGCGUCGCCCUCCGGAUCCACGCGGCCAGCCCUCGCCGGAGAACGCCCCAAGCCCCUGCGCCUCUCCAGCCGCGCGCCUGCAUCGAUGGGGUCAGCGCCCCGAGCACGUUGACCGCGUCCCCUCCCUCGGUCGAUCCAGCCUGCCGUAUCUAGAUCCCCAAGGCCCAGCCGAAGCCGGCCCAAGCCAGAUCCGGCCUCGCCUCGUUCCUCAUCGCGCCUCGCCCGCGGCCCACCAAGGCACUGCAGCCAGCCUCUCCACCAGUCGGGCCUCAGCCCAUGGUUGUGAGGAUUCGUUCGACUACUUCCGCUUGUCUUCUUCAUGGACUCGUUCUUCUUCCUAGCGGGAUUUCAGAAACGAGAGAUUUUUCAAGACCUUGCUCCACUGCUGUGGCACUCCUUUGGCACUGUUGCUGCACUGCUCCAGCUCACAUCCCACUGUACCUGUACCCGUUCCUGAAUACUACCAGCAAGACAAGACCUUUUGAGUACUUGAGGCUUACCAGCUUGGGUGUUAUUGGUGCUCUUGUGAAGGUAAAUUAAAACUAGAUACUUAUGCAAACUAGGAAUGGAUGGUCCAUAUAGAUUUUUGCUUUAAAUGGUGAGAGGGUUGUUGAACCAGAGGGGAAAACAGUGAUGGGGAUUGGCUGUAUUCUUUCUUUUUUUUGUAGACUAUAUCUUGUUCUUUUGGUAUUCUCAUUCCAGUAAUCCAGUCAUUUUAAUCAAAUGGACUGGUUGGGAUUGGAUCCCAGGAAUCUCAACAGGAACUGUUAUUUUUGAAGCAAACAGGCUAA